AUGUUUUUGUCCGUUAGAGAGAUCACUCUCAAGUUUAAUUUGUGGCAUAAGGUCGUCGGCGGGGAGUCCAGGACAAGAAAGAAAGAAAUCAACGUAACAAUUGACGAAUACCAAGCGGGACCCUCACGGAUCGCCCGCCUUCUACUUUCCACCGCCAACCAUUUCCCCGACAAUUUCUUCCUUGCCUCCUCCCCAAACCCUACGCCCUUAACGGGCAGCAGCGACGAUGAUAUUAAAGUGCCGAUUUUGGGUACCCCUCUUUUUGCCCCGCCUUUUAUCUGUGCUUUACCUGACUUUCUUCUUCAUCGAUUUCGAAUGCUCUUCUCCCAAUAUUCAUUUACCAUUUUCUUUUAUUUUUAUUCUUUGCUUACGGCCGUAUCAUUCAAAUAUUUUCAUUCUUUCUUUUUUUUUCCUCCCUUUUUUUCUUCCUUUUACACACAAAAUAAAACACCCGACAUAUUUCGCCUCUCUCGCAGUCACUCUGUCUCUCCACAUUUACCUCCUUGUCUCCCUUUACUUCUUUCUCGUUUUUUUCAAAAUCCCCUUCCUUCUCUCUCUCUCUCUCUCUCUCUCUCUCUCUCUCUCUCUCUCUCUCUAUUUCAUUUUUUUCUCACUGUUGACCUUUUGUGA